CAAGCACGUGAGCCUUGUGAAGGCGAGAUUCGGGGACGUUCUGGGGUCCGGGCGGCAGGGAACCGCUCGCGGGUGCAAAGACUUCGACGUGCAGAUCUUCUCGCAGUGGAUCCAAUUCGUGCUACUGGGGACUCUUUGGCUGGGCACCUGUGCGGAUUGGUGUCAACUCGGCCUUUGAGCAGUGUUUCAGGCUUUGUUUUGACAUCGAGGCAUACUGUUUGGGUCCCAACUCGCCAAUCUGUCAGGCCCGUGUAUCUUUGGAAAUCGUGACCUCGUUGAGCCAGGCACUCCGAACUUUUGAGCUUGCGCCUCGAGCUCCACGUUCCGCCCUGACGGUCCGUCCCGAAGGUGCCAUGAAACAACGUCCUUCCAUCAAGACGUCUGGCCCUGGCGGCCCGGUGCCGAUUUCGGCUGCUUGUUUUGCAGGAUGUGGGUCAGCCAGUCUGACGGAUGGACGCUGUGAAGCCUUGCAAGGCUUGGCCCGACCGACCUUCAGGCCGCGAGUGAAAAGGAGGAGGAGCAUCCAAACCCGUGCGUUGGUGUUGCCAAAGAAGCCAGUCAAUCUUGUGUUUGCUCUGGAAACUUGGCUCGAGGGUACUCAUCAACACUGACACAACAACAGCUCGCAAUGGUUGCCCGAUGGGUCGCUCAAGCGCUUUUCGAAUAGCCAUGGCGAUGAUGCGGACCAGGACCAAAAGCCGAGGUAUGUGCCUCUGCCUUCUCGGGAUUGCAUUGGCGCUGCUCGUGCAGCCGAGCACGGACUUUGCUCGAGGAGUUCCUGGGCUGAAGGAGCAUGCAAAACGGCACCCGUUGCAUGCCGGAGUCGCUCGGCGCGCCGGGGCUGCGCAAGAGGACAACAGUGCCGAGGACCGGCUCGAUCUCGAGGAGGUGAUUUCAGAAGCUGAACGGGUGCUGAACACAUCGGCGACGAAGAAAGACAUGCAAGUGGUCAUGCGAAAAGUGCAGCUGACAGAUCCAGGGAAGUGGAAUGAUUUGGCGACUAAGCCUGAGUUAAAGCAGCAGCUAAAGAAGUCUGUGGCAGAGGCCAAGGCAGCCCUAAAGGCCUUGGAAGAGGACCUGCUCCUGGCGCGACAGCAGCAAGCGAGCGCCCAGCGGCAGGUUGAGACUGCCCAGCAGCAGGUGGAGAUGGUGAUGAAGAGUCUGGUUAAAGCCGCCGCCAGAUUGGAGAAGGCGGAGGAAUCAGGCACCAAGGAGGAGGUCAAGGAGGCCAAGGAGGAGGUCAAGGAGGCCAAGGAGGAGGUCAAGGAGGCCAAGGAGGAGGUCAAGGAGGCCAAGGAGGAGGUCAAGGAGGCCAAGGAGGAGGUGGAGAAGGCGGAGAGGAAGGUGGAGAGGGCGAAGAAGGAGGUGCAGGCGGCGAAGGCAAGCGGCCGGACGAAGGAGUCCGAGGCAAGCGGGAUCAAGGAUGACCCAGAUGCCACGGCGUUCAUCCAGGAGCUGGUCAACGCCAAGCCCAAGGACCUCGGCGAAGGCGUGCAGGUCUUCGACCUCAAGACGUGCCUGCCCGCAGAGCCCUACGACCUGAGCGGGAGGAAGCUGCUGACGCGGAACACGACGCGCCAGGCCUGGCAGGCCACCUUCGAGCUGAUGAAGGACGGCACGAGGCGCGUGGCCAUGCUGGGCACCCCCGGCAUCGGCAAGAGCAGGUCCCUGGCGCUGGGCCUGUGGCACCUGGUGUCGGGCCAGGGCUGCCCGGACUGGAUGAAGGAGCCCGAGGCCAUCGUCUUCGAGGCGCGGGAGGGCGGCUUUGUUUUCGUCUUCACCAAGGACAAGGACGGCCACUGGAAGGCGCAGAGCCUGCUGCUGGAUGACUGGAAGCCGAGCGGAUGCAAGCACCUGCAGAACAGCAACAACUGGUACCUCGUGGACGCCUCGGACAAGCACCCCACGUAUAAGCUGCCUGCGAAGACGGUGAAGGCCUGCAGCCCUGACAGGGAACACUACUCCAACUUCAUCAAAGAUGGUGGACAAUGUGUCUAUGUGGAGGCAUGGCAAAAGGGGGAGCUGAAGGUGGCCUAUCCGUGUUUCGAGGAUGUGAAAGUGAGUGAGAGCACUUUGCUUGAUAGAUUCGAGCAGGUUGGAGGCACCCUUCGCACCCUUUUGGCCAAAGAAGGCCCUUAUGAGGAUGCCGUGAAGCAGCACAAGACCGACGCGAAGGACUUCGCAACAGUGCGACGCGCCUUUGGUGGAGAUUUGGACAGCAUUGGGACGAAGCUGCCAAGCAGGCUCUUCACAUUCCGUACCGAAAAUGGGAUCUCUUGCACUGUCGCUGUAUGCUCCCCGAAAGCUAGAGAGCUUCUUGCACAGGAGCACUAUGCCGAGCUUGUGAAUUUGUGGAAGGACGAAAGUGACCCAAAAUCAAGAUAUUGGCUGGAAGAUUUUGUUGGGGUUUGGCUGACCACAUCAUGGUGUGACAAGCGGCUUGAGCCCUGGAUGAUAACGUAUGAAGGCAAGUGGGAGCACAAGAAGGGCAAAGAUCUGGUAGUACCUGCUUUGAAAUUGCUGCAUUGUGAUUUCAACGACAUUUUCAACAGCAGAUGGCUCCAAGCCGUAAAGCGCAGAGGCACGGAGAAACGCCUUGUGCACAGCCCAGAACGGUACCCAGGCAUCGACUACCUGCUCGACUUCAACCACGGCAUCUCUGUGACACUCUCUCCGAAGCACAGCAUCGCAGAAGGGUUUGCGAAGAGGUUGCGCGACAUUUUCGAAGAUUGCAAGGGACAACACAGUUUCACCCUCACUUUUUUGGUUCCGGGAGCUCCGAGCAAAUUCGUCCCGAAGAAAAGUGCAGAGUUUAACCGCUUAAUGGCCUUGGCGCAAGGGCCAGACAGAGUGUUCCAGAAUGUGUAUGUACAGGCCGUGCAAAUUCCGAAGACGCUAGACAGCCUGUCAGAAGCCUGACAUCCUGAAGAUAGUGCGAAAUGUGUUGAUUAGCAUGGGGCG